AUGAAUUUCGUGUCGGAUAUAUUGCUAUUGCUGUUGGCGUUUGCAGCACUGGCCGCCAGCCAAUGGAUGUGCCAGUAUCAGGAACAGUGCCCAGGUCAGUUCCUUUGUGUCAACGGAUAUUGUCGGCUGGCCAUUCCAGGAACUCAAACCUUCUGCGAUAUAAAGACGGGCGCCUAUUGUCCGGCAAAUCAGGUUUGCAAAUACGGAAGGUGUUGGAUGCCCGCUGGCGCAGUUGUCCUCGGAACGUACUGUGAUUUCUAUCGUCCGUGCGCCAGUGGUCAAGCGUGCAAAAAUUACCAGUGCUACACCGUGCAGGGUAAACUGCCAUGA